AUGCCAAAGGUUCUCAUCCCUAUGUGCAGCGGGUGGGUUCUGAAGUCAGUGAUGUUGCUUCUAUUGGUUCUGAUUACCAUAAAGUCUGUGCCGGAGGUUGUAGCAGCAGCUCAAGACAAAUCCGUAUCUUUGGGAAGCCGUGAGGAGCAAAUUGCUUUUUGGGAAGGGGAAAUUGAAAAGUUAAGGUCAAAGAGCCUCAUUGAGGCUGAGCGAAGAUACGGUAAUGCCAAACAUGAAUUGGAGGAGGCAAAGAAGAAUUCGGGAUGGUUUUUUGUUAGUGAAGUUGACAAGGCACGGAUAAAGCGACUGGACGAGGCGUACCGAGAGCGACUUGCUGAACUCUCUGUGUUAAAUAAGCAAGAGGAGAUGUUAUUGGCCAAACUCAAGCCUCUGUAUGGAAUUGUCUCGCAGCGCUUCAUGCAGGAGCAGCGUGACACAAUUGCUCAAACGUUGCGUACCUUGCAGGAUAUGAGUUACGACCAAGCAUGGUACAACUCCCUCUUUAAUAUUAGAGAGGCGGAGUCUUUUACGGAUCUAAUUAUCGGGUUCGCUAUUGAGUGGUUGUCAACUUAUAUAUUCAUGUAUCCAUUUGCAUCUCUCUACUACGCUUUUUGGUCGGCUCCAUGGUCCAUCUAUGCUUAUUCCUCCGGCCCAUUUGACAUUGUUGUGGGCGCUUUCGCUUGGGUGGCUUCAGUGACUUUCAUGCUUCUGCCGUAUCUUGCGCUUAUUGGUGGAGGUUAUUACUUAACUAGGAGCCGCGGUAUCCACAUCUCAGACAUGUUGCGUAGUUUUGGUGCGAGAAGACGAAGGGGCUGA